AUGAGUCCAACCGCGGAAAGCGAAGCUGUGUCAGGCCAGCGGAAGAUGACGGAGAAUGGCGUGGAAAGGCGGACGAACGGAAACACGAAGGCCGAGACACACCUGAGCUCCCGUGACCUAGAGAACGAACGGAAUGAGACGGGCGCUUCGACAACAUCGUUCAACGGCGUGCCUGGCGAACGCCGAAUCGAUCGUGACAAUGGGAUAAAGGAGCGACGGACAUACCAUGCGAACGGUCAUUCCGAACGACGCUUUUCCGGUGCGCAAAAGAUGGCAGAUUCUGGAUCGCCGGAGCAGGGCCUCGGUAUCCUUGUUGAACAGUCGCCCGAUGACGGGAAGGCCCCUGGUCGAUUAUCCGUCGUCGAUGUCUACGAUGGACCACAAACCAAGGCCAUCCUAGCUGAGCUGUCUGAUGACCUGCAAAACAGACCAUCCGAUGAUAAAGACAAAGUCAUGAAGUUGUCUCCUGAGAAGAUUCAGGAACUGACAUCUUCGCCAGAGUCGAUACCCUACCGUCCUGCAGCACCGGAAACGAACACUGGUCGACGAGUGGUGUCCGACAACCCCCAUGGGAACAACUCCUUCGCGCGAUCUGAAAUACCAGAAUUUGUACUUCAAUCUCUUGGCGAGAAACAAACUUCCUCUGACGGGCUGCUAAAACAUCGGCCUACCGAAGACCUGCUAGUAGAUGCCUCUGCGCCAGCGAGUCCGGUCUUCCCACGGAACAUUCAGAACCCACCUGUGCGCAAUCGCCCGCACCCAUCACGGACGGUUUCAACCCCUAGCUCUUCGCGCCGUCAACCUCCUUCCACACCCAACAACGAUAGGCUGGCCCACACAUGGGCAUCACGUUCGAAACAGGAUAAACUCGCGCCGGAUCGCGACCUGAAGAGCCACCUCAUUGCAUCACCUCAGAUCACCGAAAAACCUUUGUCUCCGACCGUGCCAUCGUCCAUUCCGUUGCCUCCAGUUUCGCUGCCAACGUAUCUUCAACUUGAGCUUGCAUCUGGCCGGCCUUCGCCAUUAUACAUUCAUCGCCCUGCAUCGAACGAGUUUCCAUAUGAAUCAUCCCGUGUGAAGAUCGAGAGGCUCAUGAACUUCCUCAUGCUCCCUCCGAUGUUGGAGCAGGUGCUUUGCUUUGGAACUUUGGCCUGUCUUGAUGCAUGGCUGUACUCCUUCACAAUCAUGCCUUUGCGCUUCAUCAAGGCUGUCUAUAUUCUUGUUGAGUCAUGGAUCAUGAACCUGGUCGCUGAGAUCCGGUUCAUUUGGAAGUUCGUCCUCAGUGGAAUUGGACGAGUCUGGCGCAGAAGGAACCUAGCUUCCAAAGAAGAGCAGCCCGAAAGACGCGGAAGUGAACCGGACGCCACCCCUCGCUUGCCUCCAGGCUCUUCUGCGGGACCAGAAGCGACAGCCACAGCCACAGAUAGAGACCCUCGGCAGCUCCAAGCAGAGCCGAAAAAGAAACAUCGCACCUCUGAAUCCCGCAGGCUUAAUCACAGACGAAAGAAGUCUAUGCCGUCCGCGCUGCUUCCUGAUGACAAAGCCGAUAUUCUGACAGGCUUGCUUAUGAUAGCCACAUGCUGUGUUCUGAUGUACUUUGACGCCAGUCGAAUGUACCACUGGAUUCGUGGACAAGCUGCUAUUAAGCUCUACGUGAUCUACAACGUGUUGGAGGUCAGCGACAGACUCCUUGCUGCGAUAGGUCAGGAUGUCCUUGAGUGUCUCUUCUCGCGGGAGGCUCUCGAGCGCCGUCCUGAUGGCCGAAGCAAGGUUAUUCGUCCAUUCUGGCUGUUCCUCUUGGCAUUGGUUUACACAGUAUCACAUGCCACAUCACUGUUCUACCAGGUUAUGACGCUCAACGUCGCUGUGAACUCGUAUUCCAACGCCUUGAUCACGCUGCUGCUGUCGAACCAGUUUGUCGAGAUCAAAUCUACCGUCUUCCGGAAGUUCGAGAAAGAGAAUCUCUUCCAGCUUACUUGUGCAGAUGUCGUGGAACGAUUCCAACUAUGGCUGAUGCUUACUAUCAUCGCUUCACGUAAUAUCGUGGAGACGGGCGCCUUCAAUUUCGUCGGAAGCUUUGGUCUUGGAUCUAGUCUACCUGGUCAGCCUUCCACAAGUACCAACAGCACACCUUUGUCUACGCCUCCGCGUACUGCGUCCUCCAUCUUGCCUCAAGCGUUCACAUUCUUCCCUUCCUCGAUCUUGUCCUCACUAAACAGCGUGAACUCCUUCAUCCCAACCUUGGCACAGGUACUUGGUCCAUUCUUGGUCGUGCUAGGCUCCGAAAUGCUGGUGGAUUGGUUAAAACACGCCUACAUCAACAAGUUCAACAACAACCGACCCGCCAUCUACGGUCGUUUCCUGGACGUCCUAGCGAAAGACUACUACACCAACGCCUUCGGCGAACAAAAUCUCACCCGCCGCAUCGGUCUGCCAGUCAUCCCUCUGUCCUGCCUCUUCUUCAGAGUCUCAGUACAGACCUAUCAAAUGUUCCUAGCGGCCCUCCUCCCCCAACACCCCUCCUCAACAGCAAUGGAAGCAACAUCCCUCUCAUCAAUCCACGACCACUACGCCCCAUCCCCUGUCCCAUCAGCACCCCCAAUAACACUCGCAACCCUUUUCCCUGCCUCAGCCGCCCACGUCAGCGCCUUCUUCCGAACCCUCCUCGAAAACGCAAUCCCGUCUCCGGCACAAUCAGUCCACAUCUUCACUGCCGUCCUCCUGCUAACCGGAUUCGUCGUCCUGCUCAUUCUCAAACUCCUCUUGGGAAUGGUCCUGCUCGCCUUUGCGCGCUCGCGCUAUAGGAAGAUUAAGGGUCUCGAAGCUGAAUCUAAUAAACACUCCUCCCACUCCUCCCACCACCAUACCGGAAAUGAACAACCAGCUGCAACCCGCGCCCGCGAAUUCUCUGUCGAGGGUAGCCAGCGCGUUGGGGGAUGGGGGAUGGUUGAAGUGGGUGAGGAGAAGCGCCGGUUGAUUUAUGCCGAUGAUCCUGAUGGGUUGCGCCGUCUGAAAGAAAAGGAGGAGAAGAAGGAGAAGGAGGAGAAGGACAAGAUUGAUAAAGAUGGGGAGCUUAAUAUCGAUCAUGUACAGCGAUAUGAGAUGAUUGCGAAGAAGAUUUGGUGA